CCGCGGAGGUUGGCAGUGAAGUGAAAAUCACCGUGCAAGCAAUUUAGGCGGGGAAUUGCUGAUUCUGCUCCGGAUUUGGAAUCCUUGGCGAAGUGGCCCCUGCCGCGUUUGUUCUGGCAUUCGCCCGUUCGUCGUCCUUCUUUUUGUUUGUUCAUUUUGGUUUCUUCUUCUUCUUCUUCGUCGUCGUCGUCGUCGUGGUUUGUCGUCUCGUUUUGUGGGCGUCGCUAAUCGUGGUCAGUGUGAGUGAAGAAAGCAUCUGAGCGCUGCACGGAAGGAGAGGAGGGAGAGUGUGUGGCGAAGAGAACGGACAUAUUUACUACGACGUAAGGAUCAGAUUGUGCGCCUGUCAACAUGCCGAAGAAUAAGGGAAAGGGAGGAAAAAAUAGGAGAAGGGGAAAGAACGAGAAUGACGAGAAGAGAGAGCUCGUCUUCAAAGAAGAUGGGCAAGAAUACGCGCAGGUGACCCGAAUGCUUGGGAACGGAAGACUGGAGGCACAAUGUAUGGAUGGAAUCAAGCGGCUUUGUCACAUUCGGGGCAAAAUGAGGAAAAAAGUUUGGGUCAAUGCGGGUGAUAUUAUCCUUGUAGGCCUGCGAGACUACCAAGAUGAAAAAGCUGAUGUCAUCCAGAAAUACAUGGCAGAUGAAGCAAGAAGUUUGAAGGCCUAUGGAGAGCUGCCAGAAUCCAUUCGUGUCAACGAAUCGAAUGAACAAGAAGAAGGGGAGAAUAAUGACGACUUGAUCCACUUUGAUGAUAUCAGUGAGAUCUAAAGAGGCUGAGUGUUUCUGGUCUCAGAUGCAUUUGGGGUUGGUCGGCAUGGUGCCGGAGCUUCACAGUUUGGCCUCCUCUUUGCAGCAUCAUGAUCUCUCUCCUCCCUGCCACCAAUGGAGGAGGUCGACAUUUGAUGACAGCUGAUAGACUCCCUGGAGUUCCCUCAGUUUGCCACAGAUGCAUGACCAGGGUGUUAAAGAAGGUGGCCCGGUGGGGGAGGUGGGUAGGGGGAAAGGGGAGCGAUUAUUGAUGCACGAGAAGUUGGUGGGGUUUUUCAGGCCCCCCUGAUGUUUCACAUGGUGUGCAUGUGUGCCGGGAAGAGUUGCUGCAGGGUUCCGGAGCAAGGAGGGAAAGAAAUCUCUAUCUAGCUUGUAGAUUUGCAGGAAUGCGACUUUGGACUCAAGGUCGUUGGUCAGUCCUGUGUCUUUACCUGCUCUGCAACGUGCUGCUGCAUGGGUUGAUGUUUAGUGCAGGUUAUAGGUGGCUGAUGGACGCUGUCGCAAUGUGUUGGGAGUGUAUUUGUUUUCCACUUGUCUUUGUUUUAAGUUUUUGUGCCACCUGCGAAGGGUGUCAUUUCAAUCCUGCAUAAGCAGGUGGAUUCCUGGGUAAUGUGCUUAUCGCCUAACUGCCGGGAGAGAGUACUUCACGUACCUGUGUCGUGGCCAAGACAUCAGUGAACCCUCUGCUUUGUGCUCUUGAAUUGCGUAACUAACCUCUUUGUUCUUCACCAAGGAUGAUGGUGUGUAUGUGCUAGCGUGUUGGUUAGCUAGCGUGUGUAGCAGGAUGUGAUGUAUCUUGUGCCAUGAUUGGAAGCGUUUCACCGAGGCUUUUUUUCCCCUUUCGGUCCCAAAGUUUUUUGCAGGUUCUCUCUGUUGGUCUGUACGGCUUGUAUCUUGUAGGUUGAGCGAGGGUCACACACUGUGAGAGCAUUUCUAAAGACGGUAUGAGACACCACAGGGAGUAAGGUCACAACACAGUUAAGACUCUCUCAUCUUGCAACUCGAGAAUUAAAUUCCGGUUGAGGUUGCUUGGUGCAGAAGAAGG